AUGACUACAUCCACAAACAGCACAUCCUUGAACCAUACCUUUCACUAUGAACUCUCGACCCAUAGUUACACCGUAAAAUGGGGUUCCUUAGGUGACCCUACUUCACCACCACUCAUCUUGAUCCAUGGAACCCCAUGGUCAUCCCGCCUAUGGGAACCCUUUGCCCUGUCUCUAGCACGCCAGUUCCACGUCUACAUCUUUGAUAGACCUGGUUUCGGAGAGUCCCCCGCAGAGAGUAAACUGCCCGGAACAGCCGCCACCUCCAGUCCUGUGGUUGAGUACGACGGCGACCUUGCUCGACAAUCCGAAGUUUAUGCAGCGCUCUUCAAAUCCUGGCAAACCGACUGGGGUAAUCAGAAGCCCCAUGUCGUCGCUCACGACAAUGCUGGCUUGGUCAGUCUGCGGGCCUACCUACUCCAUGGCUGCCAAUACGCAAGUCUGUGUCUAAUUGAUGUCGUUGCGAUCGGGCCAUUCGGAAAACCUUUGUUCAAAGUCGUUGCCGAAGAUCCCCGUCACUUCCAGCGGUUGCCCGACAUGGCUUUUGAAGGCAUCUUGGAGAGUUACAUCCGCAACGCCGCAUUCUCCGAGUUGUCCAGAGAAACCAUGGAGACUCUCAAGGCACCCUGGCUUAGAGAGGGUGGAAAGGAAGGCUUCAUUCGGGAGCUGUGUCAGGCAAACUCAAGGACCACAGACGAGGUGGAAGGGAGAUACGGGGAAGUCGGAACGAGUAUCCCAGUCAAGGUCAUCUGGGGAGCUGAAGAUAAAUGGAUCCCAGCAGAAGAUGCUCACAGACUGGGAAAAGCUCUCAAAGCGCAAGAGGUUGUUGUGAUCGCAGAUGCAGGGCAUCUGAUCAUGCUGGAUCAAGGUGCCCAGCUUGGAGUAGAGUUGGGGAGAUGGCUGUGCACUGUUGGCCAGGCAAAGUAA